CACUGUCCAGUCAUCUGUCAUCCAGUCCAAUCUAGUAUUCCUAGUGAUUCGUGUCCUGUCCAACAGUCCUGGAUACGUUCAUUCUCUCUUGUUGGUGAUUUGACAUUGUUUGGCAUAUAUUCACUCACUAUUACUGAUUUUGAGUUUCCUGAUCAGAGAUCAAUGGAAAUCCACGAGUAUUCUUUGAAGCGUAUCUACGGAAAAAACAGCGCAGAGUCGAAUGCAGUAAUAUCUCUAAAAGAUCGGACUAAAAAAUACACCUGUGGGCGGACUGGACGUAAUGAUAUCAUCUGCAUACAUAAGAAAAUUUCUAAGCGCCAUUGUGAGUUCAGUCAAGCGAAUAAUGUUUUAUUUGUUAAAGAUUUUGGGAGUACGAAUGGGGUGUAUGUUAAUGGCACAAGAAUACCAUCCAAUAUGGAAGUAUCAUUAAAAGAACUCGAUAUAAUCAGUUUGUCGACAGAAGAUAUCGCGAGCGAAGACGAGAAUGACUUUAUUUACCGAGUGUAUAAACAGGUUUCUGCUGACAAUAAACCGACAAUAAAAACCGAGAAACCAUCUGCAUCUAAAGUAUCUAAAAUGAGACAUAAGGAGUCAAUGACUGAAGCAGUUGAGCGAAUGGCAGUGGAGAAAUUGGGAGCAGAUAAACGUACACACAUAACGCCGUCUAUAGUUACGUCCGAAGGAAAUCUAAAUCAGCCUUGCAUCAAAAUGAACAUUGAACUCUGUAUCACGGGAACUGAAGGCGUUUUACCAAAUAUAUACGUAAAUCAAUGUCCUACCAAUCCUCACGAAAUUAAUAUUGCUAUGGAACCGACGAUGCAGCAGGAGAAUGCAAUGAAAACAGAAGUUGAGAAAAAUGUAGGAAUCAGUUCUACAAUCCCACAAUUGAUCAUCCCUUCUGUCUCACAAUUGACCACCUCAGCUACUGUCUCGCCAUUUACGACUACUCCUUCUGUUAAAAAAAUGACCGCUUCUUCUAUUAAAAAUGAGGUCAUAAUGAUAGAUUUAUGUGAUGAUAAUAAUUUUUCUUCUUUUAAAAAUGGAGAUCUUGCCGAACUAAAUAGUCAUGAAACUAAUUGUGAAAUAUUGGGUAUCACGGAAUGUAAAUUAGAAACUAAAUAUGAUAUAUUUGAACAAACUCACAUCGUAGAAUCUGAGACGGAUAUAGAAAUAGUGGAGGUGCUGAAAAAAGAUAAGAAAAAGAAGAAUAAAGAAAAGAAGAAAAGGAAGAAAGAGAAAAAGAGAAAAGAUGGUAAAAGGGAUGAAAAGAGAAGAGAGAAUAUGGAAAAUAUAGAGGAAAUGAAGGAGAAGAAAAUAAAGAUUUCAAAAAAUAUGGAUGGAGAAACUUAUUCAAAUUUUAAAUCAACGAUUGUUGGCGAUGUAGAAAAGAAACAUGAAGGCAUGCAAAACGCUAAACUUUCACCUCUAAGCAUGAGGAUUGAAACUCAAACGUCACAAAACAAUCCACCUCCAAAUUCAACAAAAUGCAAAACGGUCGGCUAUGAAUGUAAAGAGAGGAACAUUAAACAAUUCCAACUAGAAAUUGGCAUUGAACAACGAGAAAUGCCGAAGUGUCAAGCACUAUACCAAAAAAUCGUUUCGUGGGAUCCUCAAACAUUUGCGGGUUGGUAUUCUAAUCCAUUUAGCCUGAAAGAAGAAGAAUUUAAACCAGUUUCAAAAUCAUAUGAAAGCUACGAAAAUUAUUGCAGCGUAUUUCUACCACUUGUCAUGCUGGAAAUUUUUCAUUCUAUCAAAAAUGCUUACGUGAAUGUGAAGAGAAGUUUAUCAUUUGCAGAUUGUGAAAUUGUGCUAGGAUCAGUUAAAAAAGAAUUUAUAAAUGAAGAGUUUGCAGACAUGUUGAAAUUCCAGAUUAAAAUCACCAGCAAAACACCAGCCUAUAAAUUUCCUAAACUUGGAGAUCUGCUGCAGCUAGAAAUGAGGAUACCACAAGUCGAAACUCCCACAAUUCUCUUUGCUUACGUUUUAUUUCAUCAAUAUUUGAGCUUGCAGAAAGAUCGAUCGACAGAAGAAGAUUAUCUACAGGGACUAUACACCGUAGUAACGAAAGAACUUGACUUAAUUGCAUACAAAAGUAAAAUUAUUAAACUACGAAUUGUAUUGAACCUGCAUUAUUUCAUGCAAUUAUCAAAUGCGAUGGAUUAUUUGCGAAAUUCACCACUCAUGCCUAUCAUGAUAAAACCUGAACUCGAAAAAUUUAAUUUGCUCUUCAGUAGUUGUACGACAACAUUAGUAUCAAAGGACAAAUUGGACGGAAAACAAUUAAAUGCUGUGAUGAAAAUUAUUGAAGUUGCUGCAAGACGUGAGCCCAAAAUUGUUCUCAUCGAAGGUCCUCCAGGUACAGGAAAAACACAGGUAAUUGUAAAUAUAAUUUUACAAUUAUUAAAUGAUGAAGUAAAAAUACAGGACGAAGUGCCAAUGAAGAUCAUGGUUUGCGCAAGUACAGAACCAGCAGUCGAUGAAAUCGUCCUGCGAAUUUCAUCAAUUCUGCAAACUUUAAAACGUAAAACUGUUAAGAUGACUAGAUUGGGUGAGUUUGAGCAAAUGGAUUCUAAAACACGAAAGUUUUCAUUAAAGGAAAUGUCUGAGCAGUAUCUCCAGCAGAAAUUUCACAACUUUUGUAGUAAGGAAAUUGAAUUUCCUCGGGAUCAAGAGAUGAUAAGACUUAUUGAAGAAAUACAGGAAGCUAAGAAAUUAAUACGCGAUACGAAAAGUCUAGGCGCGGCUCUCGCAUUGCCUGUUUUGGAGAAAUUUCUAGAAAUGAAAGUAGGUGGCAGAAUGGUGAGAAACAUAAGUAGCGAGGAAUACGAGGUGAUACUAGGGAAAGUAAAAGAAGUUUAUUUAUCAGCGCAUAAUCUGAUUACUUGCAGUCUUCUCACCUGCUAUUCGCCAAUAAUGGAUGUAGCUUUCAGCGAGAAAAAUUUGAUACCCGUUUGUAUCAUCGAUGAAGCGACUCUAGUACAUGAGGUCGACAUUUUACAACUACUUUCUUUUGGGGUGAAAACAUUAAUUCUUGUUGGUGAUACUCACAAACAUUCGACAAAGAGCCUAUCUUCACCUACUCUGAGAAAAUUGGGAAUGGGAGAUUCACUUUUUUCGAGAAUCAAAAGAAACUUUACUAAUCCCAAAUAUUACCCAAUAAUGACUCUAGAUCAAGAAUAUCGAAUGAAUCCAGAAAUCUCUCAUUUUCCAAAUUCCUUUUUCUACAAAGGAAUUUUAACAAAUCGAAGGACGAAACCGAAUCAUUGCUCAAUCUCCCCGUACAAAAUGUUCAAUUUUAAAAAUCUGGAUGAACCAGCAGAAAUUGAGGCUUACUUUGCUGUUAACCUCAUUUUAUGCAUAAUUAAAUACGCAAAUGUUAAAGAUAUUACGAAACCAUUAUCAAUUGCAGUAGUCGUACCUUACAACACCUCAAAGAUUCUUAUAACGAAGGCCAUUCAUCAGAAGUUGCACGAUAUACCAAAAGAAGAGCGAGGUGGUUUUUCAAUUGACGUCGAUACAAUAAAUGGUUUUCAAAACCAGGAGCGUGACAUUGUUUUCGCGUCUUGUAUUGAACAGAAAGGGAUACAGUUCCUGACAGGAGAACAAAGGUUAUAUUCUACCUUGACGAUAGCUAGACAUUGUCUCAUUCUUUAUGGAGAAUUUAAAAAAAUACAAGACGAGAGUCGAUGCAUGUGGAACUCAUUAAUUGAGGACGCAAAACGAAGAAAACUUUACAUCGACGUCGACUGCAAAGCAGAUUUUUCUACAUUAAAAGAGUACGUGAUCAGGUCUUAAGUUUGGUAUCAAUUGUUUAAAUAAUAAGAUUAGAACAUACUAGCAUAAGAAAAGAAGGUUUUAAAAUCUGCCGAGAAGUAUCGACAACGAUACUUCAUAUUUACUUCAGAAGUAAAAAACGUUAUUAUAUGUGUAGAUUUUUUUUAAUUUAUUAAGAAUCUUAAUUAAUAACAAAAAAAUGUUUUUUUUACAUUAUAUAUUCUCAUUGAAAUCAAUAUUAGUAAAAUAUCUUCACAGAAACACGUUUUUUACUCAUGUAGAAGAAUUAAAACUUGAAAAGGCAGAAGACAUACUAUAUAUAAUGACAUUGUACUCCAACUAUCUCAUUUUUUGUAAAUAAGCCAGCAAGCGAAUUGUGUGAAUUGUUAAUUCACAAUAAGUCAAAGACUAAAAUGGUUUUAAUUUUAAUCUAAUUAAUAAUAAAAUCAUAUGAAAUGAAAAAAAUGUAUAAUACAUUCAACUGCCGAGUCUGGGCAGC